AUGGCAAAUACGAAGAUACAUAGGACAAGAUCAACGAAAUAUACUCAAGCUCAUUUGAAUUUAUGUUCCAAAACUUCCAAGCUAACAAAAUGCCCGAAAUGUGAAAUGACAUAUUCGACUUUUACCACAUAUGAUACACUCACGCAUAGGAAAUAUCAUGAUUUGCAUCUCAAGGGGAAGAAAUGGAACUCUAAUUGGGGCAAAAUUGUUUGGACGUCUGCUAAAUCAAAUGAAAGAAUUGUAAUGAUACGACCUUCUAAUAAUGCUGAGGUAAAAGCUACUUUAGAAAUCAUGGAUAUAGUAAACGAGGAGCUUAAUGCACCUCAUGAUGAGAAUUAUUUCUGGUCUGAUGAAAAGAAAUUAGAUGGUAAAGCCUUUUUAUAUAUAAAAAAUGAUAGAGCCGUUGGGGUCGUGAUCAUAGAAGGAUUACAACGCCAGAAUGAAGCAAGAGGGCGUUGGAUGAUUUAUGACACGAGAGAAAUCGUACCCAAUGUGUUUCCUGAGUUUGUAUAUGGUAUUUCAAGGAUCUGGGUUUGCAAAAAUCAGAGAUUAAAUGGUAUUGCUUUCAAACUGUUAGAACUUUCAAGAGAAAAUUUGAUAUAUGGCAGAGUUAUCGAUAAGCACCUCAUUGCUUGGAGUCAGCCUACUGAUGAUGGCGGGAAAUUGGCCUCUCGCUUCAAUAGCGUUACACAUAAAUCAGGGAAAUUGCUGUUGCCCUGUUAUAUCUGA